UCAAACUGAGAUAAACAUAGUGUCGGUGUCGGACGUAGGUGAUAAUUUUUUUCGAAUCGAUCACGCCAAGUUUAUAUGUACCAUUUCUUCUUUCAAGUUGCCAAGGAAUGUAAAUAUAAGACAAUUUUAUAGGUUAUUGCUAUUUUGACAGUGUUAUCAUUUCAAACUUAACGGUUUGUUUGAAACAAAAAAUAUGAAUGAUUUCAACCAACCAAAUAGCAGUAAAAACACUUUUCCACAAUCAUUACCAGUUGUUUACAAAAAAGCUGCAGAUGCUCUAGAGGCUUUUAUUAAAAAUAAAAAACCCUUAGAAACAAGUUUGAAUUUAUUCAAAAAACAUCCAAAAAUUGCUUAUGAUUUAGCAAAGACAGCAUUGAAGUAUGCUCCUAUUAUCGAUUAUCUCAUUGAAGAGCUUGACAUUUUAGCAUUUUACGAAGAGGAAUUCAAAAAAGAAACAAUAGUUCAAAUUUUAAUAGCUGACUUGUUAUGGGGAUCUCAAAUUUUAAUGUCAGAUUCAAAAGAAGUGUCAAUUGUCAAAUCUCUAGAACAAAACAUAAGAGAAACAUUUUUAGAAGCUGUUAAUGCAAAUCACUCAUUCAUAUCGCCACCUUUGCCAUGUUCAUUACCAGUUUAUGUUCGGGUAAAUACAUUGGUAAAAUCUAUUGAUGAAGGUAUCCAACAGUUUCAAGAUGAAGGAUGGAAAUUUUUACCAUUUUGUGAUUCAUAUUCCAAUCAUUUGAUCCAAUUGUCUCGCAUUAAGAAAUUGGAAUUCAUGAGAGAUUUUCAUGUACCUGAAGUUCUUGUAUUUCCUCCAGGAACAAAUUUUCGAGAGCAUCCUGCAUUUUUAAUAGGAACCUAUCUUAUUCAAGAAAAAGGAAGUUGCCUUUCAUCUUAUCUUUUAAAUCCCAAACCAGGAUCAUUAGUUUUAGAUGCAUGUGCAGGAUUUGGAUUGCAAACUAACCAUAUUGCUAACAUAUUGGGCAAUCAUGGGAAAAUUAUUGCCUUGGAAAAUCAUCCUGAGAGAUUUGAAAAAUUAUGUGAUUUAGUAGAAUUAAGUAGUGUUCAUUGUGUCGAUAUAUUUGAUGAUGAUAUCUAUGAUAUACAUUUUGGUCCUGAAGCAAAUGAUAUCAAAUAUAUAUUGAUAAAUCCAAACUGUACAUAUUCUGGAAUUUUUGCUCGAUUAGGAAAUACAGAACCAGAAGUAAGAUUUCGAUACCAACAUUCAUUAAGAAGAAUUUUGAGACGGAUACUUCAUUGUUUUCCACAAGUCAAGAGAGUAGUAUACACAGUUUGUUCAGUAUACCCAGAAGAAGGAGAAAUGUUAGUGGAUGAAGCACUGGGAAAUCUUCAAGGAUCUUAUGUUUUAAUGAAUGCAAAAGAAAUGUUAUGGCAUGAAUGGAAUACGCCGUGUAUACCAGGUUACAUAUGCAGUAACAAUUGUUUACGUUUAUCACCAGGAAAUGAUGGGUGUCAAGGAUAUUUCAUAGCAGUGUUUGAAAGAGUGCCAGCUGUACCAGUUCCCAUAUAUCAAGAAAUACCUGAACCUAUAAUCAGGCCAAAUAUAAACGCUUAUAAGAGGAUUGAAAGAGAAAUUGAAAAAGAAUUUGAUAUGAUUAACUUUGUAAAUCAUCAACCAGCUCGGUCCAAUGGAAAGAUGCCUAAACAAAAGCUCAAGAGAACACACGAUCAAGCCUCUGGAAUUCCAUCUUUAAUGUCAAUACCAGUUCAUCAUUUUCCAAAUUCAAAUCAUAAUAGGUUUGCACAUCAACACAGACCUAAUUUACCUUUUCCACCAAAAAGAUUUAAUCCAAAUUUUGUACCUCCUCUAGUACCUCAUGGGCAAAAUCAUAGGAUUAAUCCAUUUUUCAAUAAAAAAAGGAAAAAACCGAAGCAAUAAGAUGUAAUUGUUAAGCUAAAGUUCACACAUAUUAAUGUAAAUUGUUCAUUAAUCUGUAAAU